AUGUCUAUUGGAGUGCCAAUUAAAGUUCUUCACGAAGCAGAAGGACAUAUUGUCACUUGUGAAACCAUUACCGGUGAAGUUUACCGAGGGAAACUCAUAGAAGCGGAGGAUAAUAUGAAUUGCCAAAUGACUCAAAUAACCGUCACGUACCGAGAUGGAAGGGUCGCUCAAUUGGAAAAUGUAUAUAUCAGGGGAUCCAAAAUUAGGCUUCUGAUAUUACCUGAUAUGUUGAAGAAUGCUCCAAUGUUCAAAAAGCAAACGAAGGCAGGAACGGCUGGACGUGGAAAAUCUGCGAUCCUCAGGGCACAAGGGGAACAUGAUUUUCCUGCAGAAAAAGCUGAACUCUUGCACCCAUAUAAAUGCUCUCUGAAUUCACAAAAUAGUCCGGAUUUGAGGGGCUAA